AAUUCCAUUUUUAUAUUGUCAUUGACAUGACAUAAGAGAUGUCGGUUCUAGUCUAUCUUUUUCUAUUUCUAUAUAUGUAUAUGGAAAGUUCAAAAAUCAUCAUAUAAUAAUCCAGAAAUAGAAAAGAAAAAAGGGAGGUUAAUGAUGAUUUUAAAAUCUUUUAUACCAGGGAAUCUAAUAUCCUUAUACAUGACGAUAAUCAAUUCGGUCGUUAUGGUCGGACUCUAUUAUGGAUUUCUGACCACACUAUCCAUAGGUCCCUCUUAUAUCUUCCUUCUACGAGCUCGGUUUAUGGAAGAAGGAGAAGAAGGAACCGAGAAGAGAGUAUCAGCAACAACUGGGUUUAUUGCAGGCCAGCUCAUGAUGUUCAUAUCAAUCUACUAUGUACCUCUGCAUUUAGCAUUGGGUAAACCUCAUACAAUAACUGUCCUAGCUCUACCGUAUCUUUUGUUUCAUUUCUUCUGGAACAAUCACAAAGACUUUUUUGAUCAUAGACGUCCUACCAGAAAUUCAAUGCGUAAUCUUAGCAUUCAAUGUGUAUUCCUGAAUAAUCUCAUUAUUCAAUUAUUCAACCAUUUCAUUUUACCAAGUUCAAUGUUAGCCAGAUUAGUCAACAUCUAUAUGUUUCGAUGCAACAACAAUAUGUUAUUUGUAACAAGUAGUUUUGUUGGUUGGUUAAUUGGUCAUAUUUUAUUGAUGAAAUGGGUUGGGUUGGUAUUAGUCUGGAUACAACAAAAUAAUUUAAUUAGGUCUAAUGUACUUAUUCGAUCUAAUAAGUAUCUUGUAUCAGAAUUUAGAAAUUCUAUGGCUCGAAUCUUUAGUAUUCUGUUAUUUAUUACCUGUGUUUACUAUUUAGGCAGAAUACCGUCACCCAUUCUAACUAAGAAACUGAAAGGAAUUUCCGAACCGGAAGAAGUGGGGGAAAGUGAGGAAGAAAGAAACAUAGAAAUAGAAACUAUUUCCGAGGGGGGAGGGGCUAACCAGAAACAGGGGACCGAAGAAAAUACUUCUUCUUCCCUUUUUUCGGAGGAAGAGGUGGAUCCGAGCAAAAUCGACGAAACAGAAAAGCUACGAGUGACUGGAAAGAAAAAAAAAAAAAAUAAAGGGCGAAUUCCACUUUCGUUUUAAAGAGACAUACUAUAAAAAUAGACCGGUUUAUGAAACUUCUUAUCUGGAUGGGAA